UACAAUGAUUAUUGUUAUCAGCAUUGUAAUCGGAUAUGUCAUCUACCUCGUCGUUGUUAAUUUUCAACAGAUAUUGGAAUUAUGGAGAAUUAAUCGAAAAUGUGCACAGAAUCUCAGCAUGGUAAAUGGACCACCAGCUCUACCACUAGUCGGGUCAGCUCAUCUCUUUAAAUGGAAUCCAUAUGCGUUCACAUUUCAAAUGGAAGGUUGGGCACAGAAAUAUUUAUUCGGACGCGCGAAAUACGGAGAAAUCGCUGCUCCAAAUAAUGAGGUCGAUGGGAUCAUGCUUCUCUGGAUUGGCCCAGUUCCAAUAGUUUUUCUUGGGACUUCUGAAUGUAUUCGGCCUGUCCUGGAGAGCAACACAAAUAUUUCAAAACCAAGUCAAUAUGAUAAAAUGAGUGAAUGGAUUGGUACUGGAUUGUUAACGAGUACUCAUGAAAAGUGGUUCCAUAGACGGAAGAUGCUUACACCAACAUUUCAUUUCACAAUUAUUCAAGACUAUUUCCCGGUUUUCGUGAGAAAUGCAGAGGUCCUAGCUGAUGCAGUCGAGCUUCAUGUGGACGGUGACUACUUUGAUGCGUUCCCAUAUUUCAAGAGAUGCACACUUGAUAUUAUCUGUGAAACCGCAAUGGGAAUCCAAGUGAAUGCUCAACUAGGACAUAACAAUGAAUAUGUGCACGCAGUGAAAAGAAUCUCAGAAAUUGUCUGGAAUCAUAUGAAAUUCCCAUGGCUUUGGUUGAAACCAAUAUGGUACUUGACGGGAUUAGGUUUCGAAUUCGAUCGAAAUGUUCGGAUGACUAAUAAUUUUGUUAGAAAGGUCAUCCAAGAACGGAAAGAACUACUGAACGAGGAUGGUAACGAAGCUUCUGAAAAGAAACGAAAAGCUUUUCUGGAUCUACUUUUGACUAUUCAAAAAGAAGAAGGAACACUUUCUGACGAAGAUAUUCGAGAAGAAGUUGACACUUUUAUGUUUGAAGGUCACGAUACAACAUCCAGUGGAAUUGGUUUUACAAUUCUUUGGCUCGGCUUCUAUCCAGAAUGUCAGAAAAAAUUGCAAAAAGAACUCGAUGAAGUAUUCGGUUUCGAGACAAAUCAGCCUCCUUCAAUGGAUGAUAUUAAAAAGUGUUCAUAUCUGGAGAAGUGCAUAAAAGAAUCAUUGAGAAUGUUCCCUUCCGUACCAUUGAUUGCCCGACGGCUAUCAGAAGAUGUCACAAUUAAUCAUCCUAGUGGUCAAAAGAUUGUCCUUCCUGCAGGACUUGCUGCUUGCGUAUCCCCAAUUGCAGCUGCUCGGGAUCCUCGUGCAUGGCCCGAUCCAGACACCUACAACCCGGAUAACUUUGACAUUGAUGCGAUAGCAGGUCGAGAUCCAUACGCCUAUAUUCCCUUCUCGGCAGGUCCUCGUAAUUGUAUUGGACAAAAGUUUGCACUUUUGGAGCAGAAAACAAUAUUAUCGACUUUCUUCCGCAAGUAUGAAGUGGAAAGUUUGCAGACAGAAGAAAACCUUCGACCAGUACCAGAGCUUAUUCUCAGACCGUAUAACGGUAUGAAAAUUAAGAUAAAACGACGGGAAGCUGCGGAUUAUGUAGUCUUGUGAUUUUUUUGAUUGGAGUUUGAUUACCUAUCUAUGUAUCAUAUUUGUCAUUUUAUAAAUGAAUUAUAGCGAUGGAAAAAUAAAAUAAAUUUUCAAGAAA